AUGUCUCGUUUAUAUGGAUCUAAUGUAAUCAAAGAUAAAUUACUGAAUAAUGUUUCAGCAGCAGUUAAAGAAGUUCAUCGAUUUGCAGUUGAGGAUGAACAACGAAUUGUAACAAAUGAUAACUGGCAACUUCAUUCAGUACUUGAGCAAUUAGAUUUUGCUUUACUUUUCGGAUCAUGUUGGCCUACCUUUCUCGAAGUGGAGAUACCUAACUUGCAAAAGUUAAAUUUACCUGGAGUACGUCCAGACAUUCCAUCAUUUUCUGAUUCUCUUGCACGCUAUGAUAUUAAGCCACCAUCUCACUAUAAACUUACUACACAUUCACCUAGAAAAACCCGUCACCGCACAAUGAAUAGUGGGAAGGAACGUGGUUCGACCGCAUCGUCAUUAGUCAAUAGUUUUAUAUCAACUGAUACUGACUUACAACAAAAUCGUCCUAUCUCAAGGUCAUCUUCAGUAAGCUAUGAUAAUCCCUCGAUUGAGACAAGUACAGAUGAUACGGGUUCAAAUAUCAUACAAAAUAAUCAAACAACAAUAACAAUCACACCGCUUAGUUCUAGUUUAAGCGAAGUUGAUCCAUUUAUGGUUCGACAACGUUCUGUCAGUGAGGAUUAUCAACAGCAACAACAACCAUUACUAGAGCAGAACAAAAGUACAGAAGAGCAUAUUAGUUUAGAACACAAAAAUACUCCAGUUGAAUACACAAAUAAUUUUGAUAAUCAGAGUUCACUUGAAACACCAACGUUGGCAAAUGAUAAUUUAUCAAUAAAUGAUGAGACGACAGAUUUUGUAGUUGAUGGUUAUUCUGAAAAUGGUGGAUUAGAAGAUGAAAAUCAAAUUAGACAAAAUAAUCAUGAUUUGUUACAAAAAAUUGAUGAUAUUGAUCCAAUAGAACUGAGUGCAGACGCCAAUCUUCAGCUACACUUCAUGCUAGAAGUGUACGAGAUGCCAAAUGAUGGAGAGGAAUUUAUUAAGCUUUUUUGCACUACAAUCGGACAUAAUCAAGGAAAUUUGGAACUUGUAUAUAUCUUGAUAACAUCACUAAACGUUUACGUUUUAAGAAAACAAUUAGAAGUCAAUGGAUCAUUGAAAAUAGAAAAAUUAGAAAGCGUUCGCUUAGAACAAAUUGAAUUAAUAGAAUGUGGACCAAAUGAACAAUAUCUUCGAUUAAUUACAACUCGACGCUACAAAUUGCCCAGCUGGACAACCGGAUCUUCAAAAUUAACCAAAGCAAUUUGUAAUGCUAUCUCAUUUGCUACUGCUGUUGGGAGAUAUGUGUCACCGAAAAUAUCAGCAGCCAAUAUGCAGGAAAUAUCUAUUAAAAAAUUUUUAGCAAUUGAUUUAAAGAGAUCUGCACCGAGUGAUGUUUCACUUUUGCGCUAUAGUCUUACAUUUUGGGAGGAACCACAAUUAACGGGAAAAAAUCUUCGCAAAGAAGGUCUACUUUAUACGCGUGUAUCAUCACCGCCGAUGCAACGUUUGGCUCGCCUAGCAGUUAAACAAAAAACAUUCGAAACAUGGAAAGCUACAUACGUGACAUUAAGAGCUGAUCGGCUCAAUAUAUACACAUCCAAGUCAGAUAAGGAACCAGUUUUAUCGUAUGCAUUAUUAGAUGAAAAUUGUCAAGGUUGUCGUCGAAAUCGUACGUCUGAUCGUCCGUUCACCGUUGAAAUUAUGUUUACCAAUGAUGUCACAUUGCUAUUAGCGGCAAAAACAAAAAUUGAACAAGAUGAAUGGCUUAAUGCUAUAAUGAAAGCAAUAUCUCAGGGUCGUUUAGCUUUCAAAGAUGAUAUGAGUUCUAAUACAGUUCCUUGCAGUGCAAUAUUAACAGAUGAAAAACUUUAUGUAUGUCAUGAAGAACAAGAUAGUUUAUUUGUGCGAUUUUUAGACACUAUUAAAUUAGAUUAUAUUGUUAGAUUAUACAUUGAUGCCAAUUGUAAAUAUUAUUGUAUACUGGAAAUUGAACAAGGAAAAAGUCAAAAUUCUAAAUAUUGGAUAUUCUAUUUCUUAUUUUGUGAAGAAAUGUUAGAAUUUAUGGAGAGUAUACAAAAAGCAGUAUCAAAUGUAUAUCAGGUCUUACUUGAUAUUCAACCUGUAGUCGAUACUGAAUUACAACGUGAUUGUCAACGAACUUCUAACCGUUUAAUUAGUUUAUAUCGUUCAUCAAAAUUGUCUUAG